AUGCUCUGUAGACCCGCCAGCACGUACUGGGAGAUCUUCAAGUACAUCAACACGGCGAAGUGCCUUAAUAUCAAGGCGAUCUACUACUUCCACUCGGCACAAAACACAUUCAGCGACUUCGUCAUCUUCCUAUGGCCCGCGAGAAACCUUUUGAACGUCCAAGUAUCGCUCCGUCAGCGCGUAACUUUGACGAGCAUGUUUUCGCUUGGUGUCAUGUAG